AGGCAGAGGAACGAAGAAGAGAGGAGGAACAGAGGAGGAUACAAGAGGAGAAUGAGAAGAGGUGAGAACACGACUUGAUUCGGAGGACCGAAGAAAUGAGGUUGCAGCUCAAAGCGGGGCUUGAGGAGAAGUGGAGAAAACAGACUAAACAGGCGGAAGAAGUGGCUGCAGCGGCAAAAGCAAAAGCCGAAGAAGCGAAAGCGAAAGCGGACGAAGCUAAGGCGAAGGCAGAGGAAGCGAGCGCGAGAGUGGAAGAGCAGCGGAUGAGGAGCGCUACGGGAAAUUGCACGCCUUUUCGGUUGACGAAGAGGAGAAUAAGGGGGGUAGCACUGGAGUCGGGAUCGGAGGAGGACAAGGCUCAAGGUGGAGGCGAUGGGAUAAGGGUCAGAAGCGUGGUAAAGCCUACCACUAACGAUCGCACAACUAAGAAAAGAACGCGUGUGAUCUUUUCAUCGUCGGAAUCUGAGGAGGAGACUGUAUACGAGAUAGAGAGUGAAACGACGGACUCGGAGAAUGAACUGCGUAGAGCGAUCGAAUUGCUGAGGAAGAAGAAGAAGAAGAAGAAGAAGAAGAAGAAGAAGAAGAAGGCAAGUACGGUUAAGAGGAGACUCGUGAAGGGUAAGAAAGAAGUAUCACCAGUGAGGAACUGCACGACUACUGAGCGAGGGGAGUGCUCGAAGAAAAGGCAAGGAACGAGAAAUCACGUCGACAAUGAGGACGACGUGCUGAGGAAUGCGAAUGAUAUCGGAGCCGUGUUUGGGGAGGAGAAGACGAACCGCACGGAGGAGAUUAGCCCGAUGAGAACGGGCGGUAUAAAGUUCAACAUCCCAUGGCUGAUGAAGUAUAUCACACGGUCUGAAGGCAUCUUGGAUAUGUUGGAACUGAAGGGGGCUGGCGUGUAUGUUAUAGCCAGCCCGUGGUCGAAGAAGACAUAUGUCGGAAGUACGGUGCGACCUUUGAUGCAAAGGUGGAGGGAACAUUUGAGUAACGCCAACAUCGAGGCGAUUAGCAAUUCGCCCAGGCUGUAUCGGUGGAUGAGGCAGGCAGGGAUGGGAAGUUUUGUCGUGAUUCCCAUCAGACACGUUAAUGAGACGGAUGAUCAUGCUUUCGAGGCGCAUCUCAUUCGUGAUUUCUCGCCAAGUCUGAACACUUGCAACACGAAGGGUAGAGAAACGGGAACGAAGCGUUGGGUGAGAAAGGGGAGGCGUGAGAGGAGGAGGAGGAUGAUUGAGAACGAACAACCGAAGGUGAACAAUAUCGUGAGUUUUAAGAUAGACGGCAGGGGGCCGUCACGAGUAUCGUUCCUGUCUUGGUUAGAAGAGGAACACAAAGCUGAUACGAAGAAGGAGAGGCGGGUUAUUUUCCAGAACGGCGAGAUCUGGGCUGACGGCUGGAAGAGGGUGAAGAAACUCUUCGGGAUGACGAACGUGCGACUGAAUAGGAGACUGAAGAAGCUGCAUACAACAAAAAGAGAACUUCAAAAUGGGGCGGAGGUUACUCUGGUUGGUAUUACGAGGACACCUACAACCACUGCGAGAAGGAUACAAGAGCUUCGGGAGAUACUAAGGAAGCCUUUCAAGGCGACUGAGCUGGUGACGUGGUCUGCUAAUCAGUUAGUGGGACUGUACCGAGCAGCGGGCAUGUUCGGUGAUAAGAAAACGAAGAAUGCACUCCGUUUGAAGAUCGAUCGGGCCAUUAGGAAGAAAAGGAAGGUGGGGGUGAGAAAUAGGGUGUUGGUGAAAGUGGUUUACGACAAGGAUCUGGUGAAGAAGAAGAUUAGAGAGACCACCCAAGGAGUGGUCAGCAGAUGCGUGAAGGAUCCGGCCAUAGCUAAUCUGGUUAAAAGCAGGAUCAGGGUGACAUGGUGCCGAAAUCGGACCGUGGGGGAUGUGAUUCACAACCACCGGCGCAUGAGGAAUGACGAGCCCGUGGUGAAGGCUAUUAUGGAAGCCACUGCUCUUCUGAAGAGUAAACCCGAAGACAUUAGAGUGUCGGCGGACGGUUUUCUAAAUGGGAAUAGUGUGGUAUGCGAUAGCGGUGCAUGGGACGAUAACGCUGUGGCACGGUGGGCCAUGAGAUUUUGUGGGAUGGUGCUGGCUCCCAUUGACCGCAACCAAGGUGAUACGGCUGUGGUCUGCCCGGACAAAGAUGUGACGAGGUGGCGACCUAUAGCACCAGCUACGGGAGAUCCGGCGGGACAGGCUCAGCGGAGGAUUGCGAAGGCUCUGCAUUACUUGAUGAAGCAGUUCCCAGCAGAGCAGUCCUUUUACUUGAACUCAAUUCAGGAAAUGCCGAACAAAUUGGAGACAGCGACAGAGAAACUCACGAAUUCGCAGUGUGUGGAAGUGAAAGGGCGCUGUUACGAUAUAAAGGAUAUGUUCACAAGGAUGCCGCAGGCGGCGGUACGCAGGGCGGUGUGGCAGCUACUGGUAUGGUACACGAACAGGGGAUGGAAGCAGGUUAAGGUCUCCAGGAGAGGGAAGCUAUGCACUUUGAGCAAGACAGGGAAGGCAACGGACGGCUAUGUCGGGAUAAGCUUCCGACUUAUUUUUGGGAUGGUGAACUACGACCUGAACCAUGCUUAUAUUCGGUGCGGCGAGGAGAUAAAGCGUCAGGUGUCUGGAAUCCCGAUGGGGAAAUCUACAAGCACCAUCCUUGCUACCAUCACAUGCGCUAUGUCUGAGUACUAGUUUCUUUCUGCUUUGGGUGCCGACAGGUGUCUGGUAGCGGGUUGGAGGGUCGUCGACGACAUCACAGUGGUCGUCGGGCUGAGGCGUGGGCGAG